AUGAAGAGAGGCUCACGUGAGGCUGAGCGAGCCAAGAAGCUUAGGAGCUUGGGACCAAACACUCGGAUUUACUUCACAAGACUGCUUGCAGUUGCUGGGACAGUUUGUGAUCACGGUACCUGGCUCUUUACUCUAGCUCUUCAGAUUGAUGCAAUGAUCAGAUAUGAAAAUGCCUCAGAACAGAAGACUCCCGCUGCACGUUAA